AUGAAAUCCUUUGUCUCAAAUAUCCUUGCCCCUUACUUCAAUACCGAGAAGGAACGCCUGUCACUUGAUCAGCUCCAGGAGUGCAUUUGGCAACUCGACAUCUGGUCUGUCCAUGCCUCUCUCGAGUUUCGGACUUGGAUGUUCGACAACUAUCCCUGGAUCAUCCUCGAUUACGUUCCUGGAGGAUGCACGGGUCUUUGGCAACCCUGUGAUGUCGGUAUCCAGCGCAUCCUCAAGCUUGCAGUAAAACAUUCACAACAAACUGCUGUCGUCCAUGAGGUCUCUUCUCAACUGCAGACAGGUAUCAACGCUUGUGAUGUCACACUUGACACAACACUUGGUACACUGAGGAACCGUGUGCCUGCCACUCUCGUCAAUGCAUACCACUCGAUAAAUAAGCCUCAGCGGAUCCAGAAGGCAAGUUACAGUUUCCGGUAUCAUAACAUCGUCUCACCCGAUAAUGGUUUACAGGCAUUUGAACUGUGCCGUUCAGGCGAAUUCAACUUAUCACAUCUCAGUCUCACAUCUCGUCCACUGCGGGUAAUCCUUGACAACCUCCCACAACAAGAUGCUGCUCUUGCCGAAGCCAUAAGUGCACCAUGCAAACACCCUACUACUGAUGAUAGUGGGACUCGCCCUAACUCCGCUAUGGUAAUGAAUGAAGGGGGGUUCACGGAACCUGUGGAGGAUGAUGUAGAGGUGACGUUAGAGGAGGUCUGUGAACAUCUAGAUGGGGGGGGCGCACCUGAGGGGCUUGCUGAAGUGAAUGGUGGCCUCCAGUUAGGUUCCGCUGCUGCUGAGGGCGAUGAUGUAGAAAUCCCCAUAGCAGCCAAUUAUGGGUUGGGACGCGGUAAAUGA